AUGUCCACCACAAAUCCCGAAAUCCGUGACACAGAGUGGGACGCGCUCCAGCGCAAGUUCGGAAACUUGCCCAAGCUGCCAGAUGUCGUCACAGAGGAGCAACUGACGCGCGAAGUCGUCGACGCGGCUGAGAAAGUCGACUCGCUUGCGAACAAGAGCGUCCGCGAGCUGAACGAACUCGAAGACGACGUCGAAGAGGACGUUCUCGAGAGAUACCGGCGCAAGCGCUUCGAGGAGAUCCAGCAGAGAAAGAAACUCGAAAGGUUCAAGAACAAGCAAGGCACGUGGGUCGUGGUGCACUUGUAUCAAAACGCCGUGCCUGCGUGCAAAGCCGUGAACGAGGUGCUGCCGCAGCUCGCGCAGCGCCACCGAGAUAUCAAGUUCAUGAAGGGCAUCGCGACAGACAUCAUCCCCAACUACCCAGACUCCAAGGUCCCGACGAUGCUGCUCUACUGGGCAGGCACCUGCCGCGCUCAGGUGGUCGGUCUGCAGAAAGAAUGGACACUCGACGAAGCGGGGCACACCAGCGGAAAACUCGCUACGCUGCCGGGGCUAGAGAAAUUCCUCUCGAAAUACGGUGUCAUCAAACGCGGGGACGCCAUCAGCAGAGAUGAUAGUGACGCAGGCAGCGCCGACGAUGAGAGCAGCCGCGGAGCCAGGCAUUUGCGCAUUUCGUACGGCCAGGCUGGAGCGAGGAGACGCGGAGGAAACGAGGACGAAAGCGACGACGAAAAAGACAGAGCCAAGGAGAAAGGAUACUCGUCUGUUGCGUUCGAUCGGAAGGUGCAGCGCGGAUACUGA